UUUUGUAGUUUUUGGGUUUCGUGUGUAAAUUUCAUUACUUCCUGCAUUUGACACAAGUUCCUUGCAAUGUUUGGGUAAAUUCCUCGGAUUUCAGCCUUCAACGAUCGUUGUCAAGAUUCGGUCAUACUCCUCCUUAGCAUAUAUCCCGUUCCUUCCUCUGGGUCGGCCUUUAGUCUAUAGACUCACGAAAACUGAUUGAAUUUGGAAAGCUUGGUCCCCACAGUUGGGGCAUUGGUUACUACUUCUGAGAGGGAAAGGGUUCUAUUGUUUGUCAAUAUGAAGUUUAUGAAGCUUGGAUCAAAGCCAGAUACCUUUCAGAGCGAUGGGAACAAUGUGAGGUAUGUGGCAAGCGAGUUGGCAACCGACGUAACUGUCAUUGUAGGGGAUGUCAAGUUUUAUCUGCACAAGUUCCCUCUUCUGUCAAAAAGUGCGUACUUGCAAAAGUUGGUUGCAAGUGGAAAUCAGGAAAACAAUGAUGUUCGGAUUUUCGACAUUCCCGGAGGUCCAGUUGCCUUCGAGAUAUGUGCCAAGUUUUGUUACGGCAUGACUGUCACCCUUAAUCCUUACAAUGUUGUCGCUGCUCGAUGUGCAGCUGAGUACCUAGGAAUGUAUGAGACUAUUGAAGAAGGGAACCAAAUUUACAAGAUCGAUGUCUUCCUCAACUCAAGCUUCUUCCACACCUGGAAGGAUUCAAUCAUUGUUCUUCAGGCCACGAAAUCUAUGUUACCAUUUUCUGAGGACUUGAAGGUGGUCAGUCUUUGCAUCGAUGCGAUAGCUACCAAGGCUUGCAUUGGUGUUUCCAAGGUCGAUUGGUCCUACACUUAUAACCGGAGGAAGCUCCCAGAGGAAAACGGGAACGAUCCAAACUCUAAUGGUUUCAGAAGCCGACCUGUGCCAAAAGACUGGUGGGUCGAGGAUUUGUGUGAACUUGAAAUAGAUCUGUAUAAGCGUGUCAUAAUGAAUAUUAAACAAAAAGGAAUACUGUCUCAUGAAGUGAUCGGAGAAGCUUUGAAAGCUUAUUCUUACAGAAGGUUGCCUGGCUUCAGUAAGGGUGGGAUCCAUUCAGGGGAUGGCGUUAAGUAUAGAUCGACAGUUGACACAAUUGUCUGGUUGUUGCCUGUAGAGAAAGGAAGUGUAUCUUGCGGUUUCUUGCUGAAGUUAUUGAAAGCAGCCAUCGUUGCUGACUCGGGAGAAAUGGCUCAGGAACAACUGGUGAGGCGAAUAGGACAGCAAUUGGAGGAGGCUUCUGUAAACGAUCUUUUAAUACGAGCAGGUGAAGGGGAAGAUGUAAUUUAUGAUGUUGAUAUGGUACAGAAAAUAGUGAAAGAGUUUCUGAUGCAAGAUCAAAAUGCUGAUCUCGAGUCGGAAGAAAAUGAGGUCCAGGAAAUACUAAGACCUGGAAUUUUAACCGAUGCUUCCAAGUUGAUGGUGGCAAAAUUGAUAGAUGCAUACCUUGCUGAAAUCGCAAAGGAUCCUAAUUUACCCUUGUCAAAGUUUGUAGACCUUGCUGAAACGGUGUCUUGCAUCUCUCGGCCCGCUCACGAUGGGAUUUACCGAGCCAUUGACAUGUAUCUCAAGAAACACCCAGGGAUCAGCAAGAGUGAGAGGAAAAGAAUAUGCAAGUUAAUGGACUGCAAGAAACUAUCAGUUGAUGUAUGUAUGCACGCCGUGCAAAACGAGAGGCUCCCGAUGCGUGUAGUUGUGCAGGUCCUCUUUUUCGAGCAAGUGAGGGCUACUGCUUCAUCAGGAAGCAGUACUCCCGACUUACCUAGAGGCCUGAAGGAUCUAAACAUCGGAUCUCAAAGGAGCUCAAGGUCAGCAGCAACCAACCCGGAGGAAGAUUGGGAUGCAGUGGCCACAGCCGAGGAACUCAAGGCCCUGAAAGGGGAAAUAGCCGCCUUGAGGAUGGGCAGCGGUAUAGGAAGGAGUGAAAGAAACGGUGGUGAUAACAGAAAUAGCGUCGACAAAGCCACCAUUAGUAGAGUGAAAAGUUUAUUCAAGUCCAAGAGAUAUUUUCAAAGAUACGGUCAAGCAAAGGUGAAAACAGUGGUUCGGAUUCGUCGAAGAGUCUCGGCUCGGCCAAUCCUGAAGAAGCGAAAUCAACACCAUCCAGAAAUAGAAGACAUUCAGUUUCUUAAAGUAGAAAUGCAAGGGAAACAUAGUAGGUUGCUUUUUGGUGGGUUUUUCCGGGCUGCUACUAAAUUCAAAAACUAGUUUCAUGUUGAUUUAGCAAAAAUGAAAGUCAUAUAUAGUCAUGAACCAAACGGUGCUGUAAGGAACAAAUGGUUACUGUAUAAUGGAAGUUGAGGGAUGCAUCACGAAUACACACACAGAGCAGGCAGUCAUUCAUUGCAUGUUGCUUAUAUUUUAACUGGGAAAGUACAACCUUUGCUACAUAUUAGUCAUGUUGAUAAUUAAAGGCGUGGUGUCAUGGCUUGACAUUGGUAUGCCUUGAUGCCGCUAUGAC